AUGGAACAUCCAUUAUCUGGAAUUCAAAUCCACAAUAUUGUAGUUGCUCUAUCUAAAUCUGCAUCCAUUAAAGUUGAUGGACCUACUCUUCUUGGCUCUAAGGGUGAAGAUUUUGAAUGGGUUACAAUAAACCUAAGGAAUGCAGAGCCCUCACAAGAUGACUGGGUUGGAGUUUUUUCUCCUGCAAACUUCAAUGAAUCCAUUUGUCCUCCACAAACUAGUAAAGAAAAACAAUCUGGAGCUCCAUUUAUUUGUACUGCCCCCUUAAAGUUCAAAUUUGCAAAUUAUAGCAAUAGCAAGUACACAAAGACUGGGAAAACUUCACUUAAGUUCCGGUUAAUUAACCAACGUGGCGAUUUCUCAUUUGCCUUCUUCUCUGGUGGUUUGGAAAAUCCUAAGUUGAUAUCCGUCUCAAAAUAUGUCGCAUUUUCCAAUCCAAAAGCGCCUCUUUAUCCACGUCUUGCUCUUGGGAAGUCAUGGGAUAUAAUGACUGUUACUUGGACAAGUGGUUACAACAUUGAUGAAGCUGUUCCAUUCGUCGAAUGGGGAUGGAAGGGACAAGUGCAACAACGCUCCCCAGCAGGGACACUCACAUUUCAUCGGAACAGCAUGUGUGGAUCUCCUGCUAGAACUGUGGGAUGGCGUGAUCCUGGAUUCAUACAUACAAGUUUCCUCAAGGAUUUGUGGCCAAAUGUGGAGUAA